UUCUUUGUUCAUGUAUUUAUGCCUAUCCGUUUCAGUCUUUGCUAGUAGUGAGCUCAUCUAUGAAAAUGAGAUGACAAUAUGAGAAAACGAUAAAUUCCCUUUCUGUUCAAGAAAGAUUGCAAAACAAUAAUCAUCAAUGCGAAAUUCGUCUACUUCCUAACUCUUAAUUCCACGAUUUGACCCCAUGGGUCGGCACUUCUUGCAAAUAUCUUCACCAAAUUUUCAGUUUAACCCUAGCUUUGUCCACUUGCAAUCAAUUCAACUGCUCACAUUGUGAAAAUCAAGAAAAACUACAGCUCUAUAUUGAACAGUAACAUGAGUUUGUAAUUGCUGGCAAAAGUUUCUCCAUUAUUUGCACAUACCCAGAUAUUCUUUGAUGGAGAUUCUUGCUUAGCAAGAGAAAAAAGAGUAAGCUGGCAAAGACCCACUUCAGAAUUAGUACAGAAAUCUAGACGGCAUGAAGAAGAAUCUAAUUUCUUCCCACAGUUUAUGUACAUUUCCUAGCCCAGGAGCAGGGAACUAUCAGGAGAAGGGAUGGAGCUCAGAGCGAGUACCCCAUCCAUCAGGGAGCAGCAGGAGGCAUAUCAGUGCCUUGACGCCUUUUUACAGUGGCAGGACAAUGCCUUCCAAAUGGGAAGAUGCUGAAAGGUGGAUAUGUAGCCCGGUUCUGGGUUAUGGUGUUGCCAAAUACUCGCAGUGUCAGCCUCAGAGGCGUCCCAAGUCCAAGAGUGGGCCUAUUGUGCCUCCAGGGAUUUCAUACUAUUCUAAUUAUUCGCCUUCAAUGCAGGUUCUAGAUAGUGCCUCCGUAAGGAAUUUCAUUGCGAAUUCUCCAUUUUCGACUGGAGUUUUGAUGCCUAAGGGUGUUGGUGUUCAUUAUAAUGGAGAUGGGAUUGGUGGGCAAGCUAUUGUGGCACGAUCGGCUAGUGGACCUGGUUGGUCAGAUUUGGCUAGCGAGUGUUCAUCACCCAGCUCUCAAGAUGGGAAACUUGAUAACAUCAAUGAUGCAGAAAAUGCUGUUACUCGGAUCAUUUCAAGAAGGGAUAUGGCAACACAGAUGAGCCCUGAAGGUAGCACCAGCUCAUCUCCUAGAGGGCGGUCCUCCUCUCCUCCCUCUGUCUCUCCUGCAGGACAAAGUGAGAGUGACCAUCCUGCUAAAUUGGAAAUCAGGGAAGUGCAAGUAGACAAAAGAGCCACCCUGAUUAGCAGGACCGCAAGGCAUGGUUCUUGCACAACCAAGAAAGGAUUGCCAGAUAUUCAGGACAUUAAUGAAAAUGCUACAGAUGCUCGCAUUUCAUCUUGGGAUGUUGCAGUGGCAUCAUCAGACUUUUCCAAUUGUUACUGCAGGUUGCAAAGGGAGGAAGCCAAGAUCACAGCAUGGGAGAACUUGCAGAAGGCAAAAGCAGAGGCUGCAAUACGAAAACUUGAGAUGAAAUUGGAAAAGAAGAGAUCAUCAUCAAUGGACAAGAUUUUGAAUAGGCUGACAAUGGCUCAGAUCAAAGCUCAGGAAAUGAGAAGCUCAAUUUCAGACACACAGGGCCAUCAAAUUGCCAAGAUACCCCACAAGGUUUCGUUCUUUCAUAGGCCUGCAAGGUUGAGUUUCUUGAGCAGUUGCUUCAACUGUCGUACUUCCUAGUUGUUCCCAACCUGUCCCGUUGGUGCAAGGUAGCUCUCAUCCAGGUGAUUCUGAGUUCAAAUUUUGCAAAAGCCUGCUGCUGGUUCUAGGCCACAUUUCUUUUUAUGUAGAAAUUUGUAGCAUUACAUUACUGAAUGGAUCACCUUGUAAAUCGUGCAAUUAAGCAAUUUGCGUGGGUACAUAAAGCACCACCAAAGUUUAGGCCC